UCAGAUGUCUAAAAAACUUCCUUUUAACUUUAUAUACACGUUUGUUUCUAUUCUAACCCAAUUCGGUAUCCCGACUUCGACGACGACGAGGGACAGGGCUGUUGUAGAAGUAGACGUCGACGACGACGAUAGGUUGCAAUAGGCUACAAUAAAACUUGCAUAUGAAGUAGGUAGUAGAAGUGUCUUUCGCCAUCAUCCGCAUAUCAAAUUUAGGCGUGCACCGUGCUAGAACUAAUUCAAAACUCUACUUCGCGCCCGCCAUUCAAGAGAAGUGAAUCUAAAAAGGCACUUUUUCGUCUUGCUGUUGUUGCCUGCUGCCAGUUGCUCGUUGCAAUUGAAUAUUUUUCUAUAAGGGACCAGGUUUUCAUUUUUAUAUAAUUGGAUUCUAUAUACACGGCUUUUUGGGAGUUUGAGUUUUCGGAGUGCAAAUUUGAUAAAUACAAGAAGUGCAACCAAUUUAAAUAACUGACAGGAAAAAAGUCCUUGAAUUUGAAAUUUUUUAAAACUUAAAAUAGCUUUGCAUUUAUUGUGAUUUAUUUCUAUUGAUAAGGUCGAAAACAUGACUGGCUUACCGGUUUUCGGGGAUUUGCGAGUUAGAAAUCGGUCAGUCGAUGAAAUAUCUGCCUACGGUGACGGUACGAUGAAUGUUUGGCAGACACUCGAAGUGAUUUCGGGCAAUAAUUUGCGAAAGAAAUACCACUACGAUGGUUAUAAUGAUGUUGAAAAUGUUCUAAGGACUUUCACAACUUCAUCUCAUCGGAGAGAUAGUUAUGUGGAUAAAGUUAAUUCGCCAGAUGAUUCGAAUGGGAAUGAUUAUGGUGCUAGUGGGGAGAGGGGAAAGUCAACAAAGACUGAUCAAGUUAAUUCAGUUGGAACACAUGGUACUAAAAAUAUAAAUCCUGAAGGUGGUGGUAGGAAAAAACGCGGAGGACGUGGGAAAUUUGUUAAAACGAAGAAGAAAAUUUCAAAACUUCCACCAUUACCGGGAAUACCAGCGGAAGAAGGUGAAAUGGUUGUGUUGUCGUUGGAUUGCACCGAUUUGGUCAAGUGCAGCUUUAAUUUACCAAGGAUCUCGGCUAAAUUGGAAAGAUUGAUGGGAACAAAUGUCGUACGACUAACAGAUCGAAAGUAUAUGAGGGAGCUGAGGCAGAGGAUAGAUGAGGAUUAUCGAAUGCAGUUAUCCAAUAGGAUAAAGAACAGAGAGAUCAAAGAGUUGGAACGUGAACGUAAUCUUAUUCUUGAUGGCAAGACUGAUGCCAUACCUGAAGAAUUGUCAGCUGAUCCAAUAUUUGUUGUCAACAAAAGAGCAAACAUUGAAAUUGUCAAGCGUCGUGCUAAGCUCAAAACCAACCGUGAGAAAAAUGCAGAACGCCUGUUGCGCCAGGGAUUGAAAUGGGAGCGUGAAAGAUUACGGCACGAGGAACAGCAAAGACAAAAGCAAAUGAAAAUGGAGAGGAUAAAGAAAGAACAGAAAGAACUCGAAAAGCGAUACCAAGCAGAAGAUGCACAACGUGGUUUGGAUUUGUUGAGAAUAAAUGAUACCGAAUGGCAAGAAUGUGAACAAAAUCUGCGUGAAUUCCUCGAAAACGAACGAAGUAAAAUGAAAGAAAGGUCACUUCGAAUAUCGAAACAAUUUACUACUGAUCCGCUGGAUAUCCAGAAUAUUGUUCGGGCUAGAAGGAAAUUCCGUGAAACAGAAAAGAGAAUUCGUCUUCAGUUGGAACGAUCACAAAGUGAUAAAUCUCAGCAUUCUGUACGAAACCUUGGUAGUAACGCAGCCAUGUUGGUGUCAGCUGUGGAUACAUUGGUAUCUUCUCUCCAAAAACUAUCUCCCGAAGAAGAAGAAUCUCAUGUGUCCGUCUAUUUGGGUGAUGAUGACGCAUCAGAAAUACCAAGCAGUACUGAAGCCAGCUUGCAAACUCUGACUUCAACUCCAAAUAUAAAAGAAGAAAAACAACAAGAAAUGGAAUCACAAAUGGAUUCCGAUGUUAAGAAAGGACACUUAGUCACAAGUUCACAGUAUGCUAAUCUUCGAUACGAUGAUUUACAAAUUGCUAAACUUCGUGAAGCAACUAAUAUUCGAGAACUCUAUAAAAUAGCUGAAAAGAUAAUUAUUGGUGAAGUUGAGGAAUUGAUGGGAACCGAAGAAGUUGAAAUUGAAGAGGAGGACAAUGACGAUUAGUGAUGAUUAUGAUAAUAAGCUCGUCGUUAAAAUCCACUCGAACGGGUGGUGUUCUGAUAAAUAUGAUAUUUUGCACAUUGCUAAAAUAAAUUUAAUUAUUUUUGCAAUAAAAAUUUUAUCAUAUUAUAAUCGCAAUGGUUUAUCGAUAUUUUGUGUUGAGCUAACACUUUAACGGAGAUAUAAUAAUAUAACUAAUACUCGUACCAACUUCUAAUAAACCACUCGUCGAAAGGA